AUGAAAGUCACAACAACUACGUCUAACGUUCUGAAGAGCGAAUCCCCCAGACAAGAACAAAAAUCGGAUCCUGGGAGCUUAGUAAAAACAUAUGAUAUAGAUGAAUAUAUGAGGAGUUUGUCUUUUCUUGAUGAAGGAAGUAAUGAUUGGGUUGAUGAAGGAGGAGUCUCCAAUCUGCAAUUAGACCCUGAAUUUAAAGAUAUGCUCAAAGAAAAGUUCUGGAGAACUUGGUAUCAUCUCAAACACGUUCAAGCAGGUCCAUUCGCUGUAUACAACAACCCAACUCCAAUAGAUGUUAACGGGUUAUUCCCAGCCCAAGCGGGUGAUGCUGUGGUCCAACAAAAUGUCCAACCUCAAGCGGGGGUUAUUUCACCUGGAGCCAUGGGAACUGAAGGAGCAUUGAUAGCAGCGGGAGCUAUGGCACCAGGUAGUUAUUUACCCAAUCAGGUCCAAAUGGUCCCAGGUGCAGGACCUGUAACAGUAACUCCUCAAGUAGCUCCUGCACCAGUAGGAGACAAAACCAACCAUGUUGACGAAUUGAACAACUCGUUGAAUACUAAAGCUAUACCAACUGACUUAUCAGUUGGUACAUCCCCAAGUUCUGAUCCUAAUACUCCACCACUGGCAAAUGUUCCAGUUGUAAAUGUAAUAGGAGGAAAGACUAUAAGUGCGCCUGGAGUGAUUCCAAGUGAAGUAAUGGAAAGACACCCUUUAUUCGACAGUGUAAAUCUUGCUCCAAACGACUACUUCAGGAUCAAUGUCGAAAACGUUGGAAGAAGUAUAAUUGUCAUUUCAAUUGUUUUGUUUCUAAUCUUGAUACUUGUAUAUAGAAUUAAAACGAAAAAAAAGACGAAAAAGAAGAGAUGA